GCCAUAUUUUUAGCCAAACGUCAAAUUAUGUUGCAUUCAUGUCAAAUUCAUUUUCUUUUUGAUUAGUGAACCGUCUUUAGUACUUUGUGAUUGUUUGUUUAAAAAGCGCUAUGAUGGCUGAGGAUACGACAGCCGACGCAACUAGGCGUUUAAAUGUUAAGAAACAGACUCUAGACGAUGCAUAUGCUGCACCAGCCAACUUCUUAGAAAUCGACGUGGUAAAUCCAGUUACAAUGGGAGUUGGGAAAAAACGCUAUACUGAUUACGAAGUUCGCAUGAGGACCAACCUCCCAGUGUUCAAAGUGAAAGAGUCGAGUGUGAGACGAAGAUACAGUGACUUUGAAUGGUUAAGAACAGAACUAGAAAGAGAUAGUAAAAUUGUAGUCCCUCCUUUACCUGGUAAAGCAUUAAAGAGACAGCUACCAUUCCGAGGAGAUGAUGGCAUUUUUGAAGAAGAAUUUAUUGAAGACCGCCGAAAAGGCCUCGAAGUAUUUAUCAACAAGAUAGCCGGCCAUCCAUUAGCGCAGAACGAAAGAUGUCUGCACAUGUUCUUACAAGAGCCAACCAUCGACAAGAACUAUGUACCCGGAAAGAUACGGAACACAUAACCGCCCCCCCACUUCGAACUUUAAGACGACCCUGCUUCGCCAUUAUCAAAUCAACUGAAUGUUGACUUCUAAGGAAUUUUGAAUUGUCUGGUACAAUGGACAAUAGUGCUUGAAAAAUAAAUUAAUGUGUAGGCUAAUACAUAGCCUUCCAAUCAUACGGUUUAAUAUCAUUGAUCAUUUAUACCAAAGUAAAACAAUCAAAUUGAAUGUUAUAAAAAAAGUUAUUCAGGCGAGUAUUUUUGUAAGAGGAUCGUUUUAAAGUUCAAAUUGUUAAAUUGCAGUAAAAAAUGGAUAAGCGAUGAAAAAUAAGUAAUAUUUUUUAACAAAAUCACAAAUCGCAAUACAUUCAAGUACUUCAUUCCACAGAUAGACAAUUUAUAAAAUGGACAAAAAUAUUAUCAAAUAAAAAACGUGGCAUCGUGUAAAUUGUGUUAAACAAAGACGAUAAGAAAGUUAUUCGUUUUAAAUUAAGCAAUAAUAUAAAAAAAAAAAACUGUUACAAUUGUUUAUUCGUAAAUUAUAAUCAUGAUUAAAAAUUGCCAUCUUGCGAUUUUGUUGCAAAUACUUUUGAAGUAAAAGUUGUUUAUGGUAUCAUUUCGCGUUUACGCGUUAAUAUAUUUAUGCUUUAUAAAUCUCAUUGUUUUAAUCAUUGUAAGUUUUGAAAUUAAACGUAUUUAUUGUGUAUUAUUAUUACUCAAUGGAUAGAUUAAGGUGCUUCACAUUAGCGUGCGAGUAUGGUGGCAUUAUUCUUGUAUAAUUAAUCGAAUGUUUUAGUUUUGUCCAUUAAUCUAUAGGGCUUUUAUUUAAAAGUUCUGUUUUUUUAAACGCUUAAGUUAUUUUUUUACUUUUGUCUAUGAUUUAAUUUAUACUAUGUCAAGGAUAAUGUUGCCAUCAACAAGACAAGGUAAUGUGUCGCGACGCAGACGAGUUCGAGAAAUCUAUAAUGAAAUAUAUAGAUGUAAAUUAGUUUUAGUUUUAUUUUGUAUAAAGCCGGAAUGAAGUUAUUAUCGUGAUGCGCAGAGUUUAUUAAACGGUAAACUGAUGACUUGGGCCGAUGUUACAAUAGCACUAUGCAAGUAAUAAAUAUUCCUAAUUAAAAUAAUUGAAAAUCAA